CGACUGACACAUUCCUGUAAACGAACCUCGUCAAAGGCUCGGUGUGUGUCUUACCGGUUAGAUGAGCAAAGGAAUAAGUUAACCCUCACACCAGCAAGUCGGAAACAUUAAAUACCUGUCGCGAAGGGAUGGAUGUCCUGAACUUUGAUAUCAAUGAUAAAGACUUUGGGGAUAUGUUUGAUAAUUACUCAUCUGAUGAUGCAAUACUUGAUGAGAACUCCAGUCCUUGCCACCCGCUAAUUCUUGGAAACUGGGUCAAUGUCAUGUUGGCCAUUGUCUACAGCCUGGUGUGUUUCCUCGCCGUGACAGGGAACCUGGUGGUGAUGAUCGUCAUUCUUCACAAUUGGCGCUCAACAUCAUCCACGGACAUCUACCUGCUCCAUCUGGCCACGGCUGACCUGCUCUUUGCCGUCUCUCUGCCCUUCUGGGCAGUGGAUGCCACAUCUGGGUGGGUGUUUGGCGAUGCCAUGUGUAAGGUUGUCAGCAUGCUCCAGGAGGUGAACUUUUACAGUGGCAUCCUGUUGCUGGCCUGCAUCAGUGUUGACCGUUACUUUGCCAUCGUCCACUCUACCCAGUACCACAGGCUGAAGCGGCCAAUCCUGAUCAAACUGGUCUGUGCUAUUGUGUGGAUGCUGGCUGUUCUCCUGUCUUUACCCAUCCUCUACAAGGGCAAGUUCGACUACUAUGGAAGAGUCCUGUGUUACGAGUUACUGGAGGGUGAAUCCAUCGCAAUCUGGAAAAACAGCACCAGGUUCUUGCGUCACAUCAUUGGGUUCCUCAUCCCACUGGAUGUCAUGGUCUUCUGCUACAGCGUCACCAUCCUCAGACUGUGUCAGACAAAGGGUUUCCAGAAGCAGAAAGCCAUGAAGGUCAUUAUCGCCGUGGUGCUCGCAUUUCUCAUUUGCUGGCUGCCCCACAAUAUCACCGUGUCUGUUGACACUCUGAUAAGAAGCAAGCUCAUCGCCGAGACUUGUGACAGGCGCAAUCUCAUCGACCGGGCUCUGUCUGUGACUCGGAUUCUGGGAUUCCUACAUUGCUGCAUUAAUCCAAUCUUAUACGGCUUCAUUGGGCUCAAAUUCCGGAGGAACUUACUCAACCUUUUGGCUGAUAAAGGACUUAUUAGUCAACAUGCAAAAACACAUUAUAAGCGAUCGGCGUCCUCUUCCUCUGAAUCUGGAUUCUUUUCUUCUGCAAUAUAGAGUGCCUGUGAUGUUGACUAAUUAGAAGCUUAAAUACGAUUGUGUGGGAUGUUGUUCUCUGUAUGGCAUUGUUAUCCAGUUCAAUGGUCAGUAAUAUUGAUUGAAUGGUUUUGCUUCUGCUAUCCCACUCACUUUCGCAUUAUCAUCUGCACCAGAUACAUUAUGUGAUUUUCGGUGUCUGAAAACUAACAACAAGGACUAUCGGCUUCAGCCAGAAUGGUAGCACUAUGGGACAGGCUCUGAUGCUAGCUUUCUGAAUAAGGAAGUAAUAUUUGCAAUCCUCUGGUUGAAGAUUGGUGGAUUGAUUGAGAACUACUCCAUAACUCAGCAUCAUCAAAAUCAAGGCAUUGACUCUAACCUAGUGUGGGCAGACUGUAGAACAAGAUACAUCCAUAGUUUUUAAACUACAUAGAUAUCUUUCUAUCCCAUGCAUUGCUCUUUCCCUUUAGUCAAUACGGUGAAUGUGGCAACAUCCCAUGGAAGAAAAAUGGAGGGUAUGGGAAGGAAGGGUUAGAUUGAUCUUGGAGUAGAUGAAAUGAACAGCUCAUCGUGGGCUGAAGGUCAUGUACUGUGUUGUAUUUUUCUGUGUUUAAUGUUGUCUGCUCUAUCCUCUUGUUUUGUGGAUUGUCUUGUUCUAAAUGGGGAGAAACUCCAAAAAUCUGAAAUGUAACAGGACUUGAGAGUCCUUGUGCAGAACACCCUGAAAGUUAACUUGUAGGUAGAUUCGGUGGUGAGAAAGGCAAAUGCAAUGUUAGACCUCAUUUUAAGAGUUCUAGAAUACAGAGCAGGGAUGUGAUGCUGAGGCUUUACAAGGCAUUGGUGAGGCUUCACCUUGAGUAUUGUGAACAGUUCUGGGCUCCUCAUCUGAGAAAAGAUGUGCUGGCAUUGGAGAGGGUUCAGAGGAGGUUCACAAGGAUGAUUCUGAGAAUGAAAGGAUUAUCAGCUGUUUGAUAGCUCUGGCUCGGUUCUUGCUGGAAUUUAGAAGGAUGAGGGAGGAUCUCAUUGAAACCUUUCAAGUGUUGAAAGGUUUAGACAGAGUAGAUGUGUGAAGGCUGUUUCCCAAGGUGGGGAAGUCUAGGACAAGAGGGCACAGUCUCAGGAUAGAGGGGCGUCCAUUCAAAACAGAGAUGCGACGAAAUUUCUUUAGCCAGAGGGUGGUGAAUUAGUGGAAUUUACUACCACAGGCCACUAUGGAGGCCAGGUUGUUGGGUGUAUUUAAGGUGGAGAUUGAUAGGUUCUUGAUUGGACUGGCAUCAAAGGUUACAGGGAGAAGGUUGGGGAGUGGGGCUGAAGAGGGGAACAAAGGAUCAGUCAUGAUUGAAUGGGCCAAGUGGUCUAAUUCUGCUCCUCUGCCUUAUGGUCUUAUGGUAUUAAAUAGGUGGAAGAUGUUCAGUUCUAUGCUUUGACAACACAUCUCCAUUCAGGACUGUAACCAAUGUUAGUCUUCCAUUUCAGUAUCUCUUUUCAGUAUUUAUUUGUCUAUGCAAUUUCAAAUUUCAUAAGACCAUAUGAUACAGGAGCAGGCAGGCCAUUCAGCCUAUGCAGGCUGCUCUGCCAUUCCAUCAUGGCUGAUUUUUCCCCUUCCCCAUUCUCUUGCCUCUCCCCAUAACCUUUAACCCCUGACCAAUAAUGAACCUAUCAACCUCUGUGUUAAAUAUGCCCAGUGACUUGGCCUCCACAACUGUAUGUAACAAUGUAUUCCACUGAUUCACUACCCUCUCUCUAAAGAUCUUCCUCAUCUCUAUUCUACAGGGAUGUCCUUGUACUCUGAGUGUGUACCCUCUGGUCCUAGACUCCCCCACUAUAGGAAACAUCCUCUCCAUAUCCACUCUAUCUGUGCCCUCUGGGCCUAGACUCUCCCACUAGAGGGAACAUCCUCUCCAUGUUCACUCCAGCUAGAUCUUUCAAUAUUCAAUAAGUUUCAAUGAGAUCUCACUCAUUCUUCAAAACUCUGGUGAGUACUCACCCAGAGCCACCAAAGCUCCUCAUACAUUAACCCUCUCAUUGUGGGUGGUUCACCAGCACCGUGUGCAAUAACAUGAUCAGAUAAAGAUAUUGACGUGUUUGGGGAGAUGGAGAAGAUGCCAUUCCGAAGGCUGAACUGGAACACCCGUUGUUUAUGUUGCAAAGCAUUCUUUGUUAACUUGAUAUUUGCUAUAACUGCAUUUAUGUUAAUAAAUGUUAUUUGGCUGA